UCGGUCUCAACGGCAACGCCGGUCCCGAGUAUCGUCGCUUCGUGAUGUCGUCAUCACAGCGCCAUGGUUACGGCGGGCAGCGGCUGAGCGGGACCGUUACCGGGACCAGGACCGUUACCGGGACCGUUCCCGUUCCCGGGCCGGGUCCGUCCCCUUGGCCGCCAUGUACCGCCGGGACAAGAGCCUGGCGCUGCGCAGCGGCUCGUCGGCGCUGUACAACAACCUGAGCGUGCUCCGCCCGCCGCACCGACCGGCCGCGUCCCUCGUUACGGUGCACGGACACUCGGUGUCGGUGCUCAGCGCGGGCGGCGCCCAGCGGCAGCUGCAGCCCCGGCCGGGGGGGGCGGCGCUGGUCACGCAGGCCGCCUGGUGUGUCCUGCCGACCCGCAUCCUGCUGGUGCUGACCUGCCAGAAAGGCAUCCAGAUGUAUGAGUCAGAUGGAUCCAUCAUGGUGUAUUGGCACGCACUGGACACCACAGAGCACCCUCCAGCACAAGCCGUGUUUGCCCGAGGGAUCGCUGCAGCAGGAGAACGUUUCAUCUGCGUGGGGCUGUCCUCUGGGAUGGUGCUGGUGUUCGACAUCCCCCACAAAGGGACCAACAUCACGGUGAGUGAGGUCCUGAAGGAGCACCACGACGCCAUCACCGACAUCGCUGCCGAGCUGGGCCAGGCACCGGACGGGGCCGGGGACCUGGUGACCGCUGAUGAUGGUGGGACGCUGUGUGUGUGGAGCUCCGGGGAGGAGUUUUCCCUGCUCAACAGGAUCCCGGCCUUUGGCUGGACCUGCUCCUCCGUGAGGCUUUGGAAUGGGAUCAUUGCUGCUGGCUACGGCAGCGGGCAGAUCCGGCUGUACGAGGCAGCGACGGGCAGCCUGCGAGCUGAGGUCAAUGCACACGCACGAUGGAUCUACGCCCUGGACCUGGCUCCAGCCACGGGAAAGCUGCUGUCAGGUGCAGAGGACUCCUUCGUUCACGUCUGGAAGCUCAGCAGGAACCCAGACACCAAUGAUGUUGAGAUGGAGCACUGCCACGCCGAGUGCGUCACCGACACCCAGAUCUGCGGAGCCCGUUUCUGUGACCCGGAGGGAAACUCCUUCGCAGUGACGGGCUACGACCUCAGCGAGAUCUUCUGCUACAGCCAGGUGUAGCUGUGAGCCGUGCGGGCUGCCCUGGGGCUGCGGCAGGCAGAGCUGGGCCGCCUGCAGCCCUCCCACCUGCAGCACAGCGCCGUGCCCCGGCAGGGUGGGAUUCUGCCCGCAGAUGGAGCCGAGAUCGGUCCCUCCCAAAGCAGCCCUGCCCUCGGUGUGGCACGUCUGCACAUGGAGAGCACGGGCUGCGAGCUGUGCUGGCGCUGUGGGACCCAGCUCUGCAGCACUGCGGGUCCCUGGGCCCAAAGCUGCCCCCCCACCCCAUCCUGAGCCCUCCCUGGGAGGAGGAUGCAGCUGAGGUUCUGUGGCUGAGCAGCAGCAGCCCCCCCCAGGGCUCCAGUAGCGGCAUUCCCGUCCAUUCCCAUAGCAGCAUUCCCAUCCAUUCCCAUAGCAGCAUUCCCAUCCAUUCCCAUAGCAGCAUUCCCAUCCAUUCCCAUAACAGCAUUCCCAUCCAUUCCCAUAGCAGCAUUCCCAUCCAUUC